AUGCACUCGCAAGAUUAUACUGUCGAAUUUGGUGGCGAGUCUUAUAAGUACCUCUACUCUGUCGAGAAUGCCUCCAAGCUCAUCCAGAAUUUGGAUAGACGCGGUGGCAUUGAUUUGCUUCUGUUCUGUGUUCGCGCAGGCAGACUCACUACUACGGUGAAGAGAAAUUACAGACUCUUUCACGAAUUCCUCUGCGAGAAGAAGGUUCCCAUUGUUGUUGUGAUCACGAACCUCGAACGUGAGGAAUCGAUGGAGGACUGGUGGAAGAGGAACCAUGAUAUUUUCGAUCGAGGCAAUAUUCAUGUUGCUGGUCACGCGUGCGUCACUGCCGCUGAUAAACAGACACUCAAACACCCACAUCUUUAUGACGAAUCGCGCGUCAUAAUCCGCAACCUUGUCAAAGAACAUGCUGCUGACGGUCAGAAGCAAGUAUGGAUAGGAGGGGACAGUCGGUUCCGGAGCUUCUUUGGUCGGAAUCCGCUUGAGAGCAGGAAGGAUCUUAUCCCUCGCCUCAUGAAGCGUUGCGGAAUGUCUCGAGAACUCGCAACAUCCUUGGCUGAUAUGAUCAAGAAAGACGAGGUAUGACUGCACGACUCUCCUCUUCGACGAAUUAUGUUCAAAUUUGCUUUGUUGUAGUAGUGUAAUUUAUUGGGUGAAAUGAGGACCCAUUUCCGUGAAAAUCAUAGGAGGAAGGCGGACCACAGGCAGGAAAACUGCACCUUACUUUACCUUCCCUUGAUCGAGUCUAGACGAAUUUCACGCAGCACUAAGAAUGCUCAAAUUAUUCGCGCAAUCGGGGGCACAAAUCAAACAGUAGUACCAACCUUAGUCUAUGACCACCACUUCGAGGGGCAAUGUAAUGGUCUUCAGGUCA